UGAAAAACCUUUAAUAGUGCAAAGGUAAGUUGUAGGUAAACAAAAAACAACAACAAAACUUUAAAAAAACAUGUAAAUUUCAUAGAAAACAGGCCUUUUUCAGGGCUCAAGUAAUUGGUUUACGCAUAGUUUUUUAUGCAGCAAUGGAAGUGAAUGAAGCCUUGGACGUUAAUGCAAAUAAUUCCUACAUGUGUCCCAACAUCUGUCUGUGCAAAGGUUGCAGUGUCAAAGUGUGUUACUACACCUCUAAUGUAUUAGGACAAGACUGUACUGCAGGAAGUAGUGCUGUAUAUUGCUAUCACACACAAUGGUGAGAAAAGAAAGACAGGCAGGUUGGUCAAGAUAAUGAGCCAAAACAUGCAAAACAUAUAUGAUGAGAGACUAGCAGACUUAAACUCCAGGCUUAAACCAUGGAGCUGGUUUGACAUGAACUGGACAGAAGGUGAAAGCAAGACAAACGACAAGUGCAGCACAUUCAUGGAAACUCAGCAACAGUGUAUUAUAAAGAGUACGGUCUAGACCUGCUCUAAAGGUGCCUCGUUAUCACUUCUGUUGUGAUUUGGUGUUAUAUAAAUAAAAAAUUGAUUUCACUUGACUUGGACAGUGUUGAGACAAACUUUCUGAACAAUAUUUGAUGCAUUGUAGAAUCACAAGUGAGCUCAGCUGCUGAAUUAGUCAAAAAUGUGUUUUAGCAAGUAGAUUCCAUGACUCCUUGUUUUUAAAUAUCAACCUGCUUAUUUGAUCUAUGAUUUAAUUUCAGAAAAACUGAGACACUGAAUUGUGUAAAUUUAAACAACAGCUGGAAAAGCUGAGGUGUCCUAAAACUUUUGUUCAGUAAUGUUUCAGCAAUUAGAAUAUUAUCCCCAUCCCUGGCCUAUGUGUGUAUAUGUAGCACAAUAUUGGCUUAUAAUGGUUUAUUUUCUAUUUUCUCAUUCAACGUUACAUUUCUCUAUUCAUUUUGCAUUAAGGUUAAGUGGGACAACUCGCCUGGAGGGUAGUUUGCCACCACAGAGCGCCAGUUCCUGUCUGUGUCUGAUGUUACCUGGGCUACAGACUCCACAGACUAUUUGGCUCAGCAGGUGUACGCCGGCUGGCUAAAGAAACUCACCGUACUUUCCGCGCAGGUGACCCAGCAGCCACUAGGAGCGUCAUUGCCAACGUUAUAAAGCGCACAGGUGGUGGCUGAUUGCGUACAUUGCUGAUAAGCCGUGAUGAAAUGUUUGCUGCGGUUUAAUACUCUGUGAUUUAGCUGCUACUUCUCCGUUUGACGAGGUUCACCGCAGGCAUGAGUGGAGGAUCAGGAACCCCUUACAUCGGCAGUAAAAUAAGUUUGAUUUCCAAGGCACAGAUUCGUUAUGAGGGAAUAUUGUCCUCUGUCGACACAGACAGGUCCACGGUUGCUUUAGCCAAAGUUAAAUCCUAUGGGACAGAGGACCGACACACUGAUAGACCAGUGCCACCAAAAGAUGAAAUUUAUGAAUACAUAAUUUUCAGAGGAAGUGACAUCAAGGAUAUCACUGUGUCAGAACCACCAAAACCACACCAUGGUCUGCCUCGUGACCCUGCUAUUGUGCAGUCAUCCAUUGGCAGCUCCUCUGCUGCGUAUCACCCACGAUGGAGUCCAUACAGGGACAUGAUGCCCACCUACAACCAGCUGGCAGCUAGCUCUCUACUCAACCAGCAGUACAAUGCAGCACUGGGCCUAGUACCAGGACUUCAUGGCAUCCCAGCCAGAAGGGCCCCCAUGGUCGAGCAGGCUGUCCAGACCAUGCCACUGGCCGGUGCUACCCAGAGAAGGGGAAAGACAUCAACCCAGCCGCAGAGCAGACAGCCUGUCCGCCCGGCCCAGCGCUCAGGCCGGGAUGGUUCCCAGUUUCAGAAGGAGAAUGUACCCACCAGUUUAGAUCGGGCGUCAGCUCAGCCAACUGCAGUCAAGAUUCAAAACCAGAGUACUGAGAACCAGAAGCAAAGGCAAAAACAAGGCGGUCGCAGGUCCAGGAACCGAAGCAGAGGCCAACUUCUUGUGAAAAACUCAAAGGCUACAACUUUGCAGUUUGAGUCAGAUUUUGAUUUUGAAACUGCAAACGCUCAGUUUAAAGAUGACCUUACAAAGGAGGUUGUAGUUGAAAAAGUGGAUUCUGCAGAGGCCCCAGAGAGUCAGGGUAUGGAGGAGGAGGAGGAAACUGUCGGUGAUAAGUACUACGACAAAGCCAAAUGCUUCUUUGACAACAUCUCAUCAGACCUUAAGCCCAGGAGAACCACGUGGGCAGAGGAGAAAAAGUUGAACAUGGAAACGUUUGGAGUGCCUGGUCGCUUCCUGAGAGGCCGAGGAUUCAGAGGCCGGGGACUCAGGGGGCAGAGCACCGCUGAGCAGCGACCCCUCCCAAAAGUUGGUAGUGGGAGGGUUUGAAGG